AUGGCGGGCGUACCCAGCAUAGAUGACCCCUCACACCUUUCGAGGGGGUAUGGCGACAGCUCGCACUUGAACGUCGGCGCGAACGACUUUGCGACAAGCGGUGGGCAGCAGGAGCGCCUGGGCAGAUUCGAGGAGGACUUCGAUGCGCGCACCAGGGGCUCGUCGGUCAUCGAUGGCGGCGACGUGCCACAGCGCUCAGCUUCCAGGGCCUCGUCGACCCUGAGGGACUCGACCCUGAACCAGGGUUCAGCGCCCUCGCGCAGUGGAACACUCAAGAAGAAGGGUUCGGUAAAGAGGAGUGGCAGCCUGAAGCGGAGCGGAAGCAGGAAGAGCAUGUACGCUGGCAGCAUCCGUGGUGUGACUAUUGAUGACCAGGAGCACGGCUAUGACCGCGAAGAGAGCGUGUUCUACACACCUGUGCCUACUAAAGGCUCGCCAACUGACAUCUUAGCCGAUCGGUUCCAGACUUGGCGCAAGUUCCUCAAGGACCUGAUCACCUACUUCCGAGAAGUCUCAUCUUCCUACGAGCACCGUGCCAAGUCGUUGCUCAAAGUGUCCAAUGUGAUCAACAACACCAAUGCACCGGCGUCACUGCUCAGCGAUGGUGGCUUGAACGAUGCGAACCGUUUCCUCCGCGACUUCCACAAGCAGGCCAUUGUCGAAGCGAACAAGGCCAGGGAUAUCGAAGCAGAUGUGAUCAACCAGCUCAGCGGGCUUCGCGCAGACCUUGCCCAAAAGAUCAAAGAGAUCAAGUCUCUGUCUGGCGACUUCAAGAACAACGUGGAGAAGGAGAAAGAGAACACUAGAAAAUGUGUGACAGCUCUCGAAGAAGCACUCGCAGUAGUGGACUCCGAUCCUUCUGCAAUCGCUGGCAAGGGAGACCCAUAUGUCGUGCGUUUGGGAGUUGAGCGUCAAGUCGAGCGACAGAUUGACGAGGAGAACUACCUGCACCGAGCCUACCUUAACCUUGAGAACUCUGGGCGCGAGCUUGAGUCCAUCGUCGUCGGCGAGAUCCAGAAAGCCUACAACGCUCUUGCUAGUAUCCUUAAGCGUGAUGCAGACGAGAUGUACGCGACAGUCGAGAAGCUUCGCAGUGGUCCAAUCGCUAUGCCUAGAGAUCAAGAGUGGGGACGAUUCGUCCGGAGUGACUCUCACUUUGUUAACCCUGAUUUGCCGCUGCGUAGAUUGGAGGACAUUGAGUACCCUGGAAAGCACCACCCAGCUACCACAGAAGUUAGAGCUGGUAUGCUUGAGAGGAAGAGCAAGUACCUGAAGAGCUAUACGCCUGGGUGGUACGUUCUGUCACCGACUCACAUCCACGAGUUCAAGUCCGCCGAUCGCAUCUAUACCCAGCCGCCGGUCAUGUCGUUGUACUUGCCGGACCAGAAGCUUGGCUCGCGCUCUCAACCUGGUAGCUCAUCCCAUAAGUUUGUGAUCAAGGGUCGCCAGGCCGGAUCAAUGCAUCGUGGACACACCUGGGUAUUCCGCGCCGAGACCUACGAAACCAUGAAUGCCUGGUAUGAUGAUAUCAAGACUUUGACCGAGAAGAGCGGCGAAGAGCGAAAUGCUUUUGUGCGCCGACACGCCAGCGUCAGGAGCGCCAGUGCAGGCAGUGCGCGUUCUGCCAGUUCCGACGGCGGCCUAGAGGAAGACGAGGCAGAUGCUGUUCCGUACUCUGCGAAUCAGUCGAUGGUUAGCCAGCCGAGGGAGCAACCACCGACUAGACCUUCUCCAGGUGGGCGAUUUCCUUCGGAUCUUGCAGUCAACCGUCACUUACAAGAACCUCUCUCACCAUCUAGUGGUAGCUCGGACUUCGGACAUGAUAUAACCACCGCUUCUGGAGGGCACCUACAGCAUGAUGUGCACCCGAUGUACCUUGCGAACUCAACUUCCUCACAACCUGCUCAGUCGAACCAACAGGCCCGGGAACCUACGUACGCGAACUCUCAGCCUGCCCAACAACACCAGGAGCCUUCGUACACGAGCGCUCAGUCUACGCAUCAGCCGCAAUACCAGGACAACACUCAAUUUUCCGAGGCUCAGCCAACAGAAGGCUCCCCAGUCGAACGUCACGAUAGCAAUUACGGUAGAUGGAUGGCCCCAGCCGCGGGUGGAGUAGCUGCUGGCGCACUCGCUGGCGAAGCUUACCGUCGCCACCAGAUUAAGGAGGAGGAGCAAGCACUGCAGGCUCAAGGAACAGGGCAACAGUACCAAUCACCUCAAGUUGAUCAGCAGGGCGUGCCUAUUGAUGAUCUAACUGGUGGUACACAAGCUCAGCCUCAGCACCCUGUCGAUGACUUUACAGGUGGUACUCGAGCACAACCUCAGUAUGGUUAUGCCACGGACAACACGCCAGCACCCGCGAACGAUGGCCUUUCUGGAACUACACCUGCAAUUCCACAGCCAUACUCUGAUCGCACUGUGAACGGCGGACCCGUGCCCGUUGAGUUGGUUGAAACUGCUGAAAAGCAGGCGUUCCCUGGUGUGCACAGGACUAAUACAGACAUUAGUGUGUCUGACUUACACGUGCCUGGCGAAUUUCCCAAGGUACCAGGAACGCCAGGAACCUCGACUGGGACAUUCUUGAGUUAUGCAGACCGUUUCUGA